AAGAGGCUGUGGGGGAGCAGAUCCUCCCCCAGCCGCACUGAGAGUGGGGGGUACAGUCGGGCGCAGAAUGGCUGUUUUAUAACUGGGAUCCUCGCUGACGUAUGGCUGCCUGCUCCUUGGCAGCUGUCUUUAUGGACCAGUAGGCAGAGCGAAAUUGACGCUGACAAGACUUUUGCAUCUUGGAAGGGACUGUAAUCUACUGUAGUGAAGAACAGAGCCUCUCAAUCAGGCGGGUGUAAAUAAGAGACGGAGGGGAGCCCAAAAGAAAAGGAAGAGGAGGAAAAAAAAAAGCGUGUGUUGGGGGGAGCAGGCAAAAGCAUUUUUGGUGGAUGGUAUGAAGCCAGCCAUGGAAACUGCAGCCGAGGAAAAUACUGAACAAAGCCAAGAGAGAAAAGUGAACAGCAGAGCUGAAAUGGAAAUUGGCAGGUACCACUGGAUGUACCCAGGCUCAAAGAACCACCAGUACCAUCCUGUGCCAACCCUGGGGGACAGGGCUAGCCCCUUGAGCAGUCCAGGCUGCUUUGAAUGCUGCAUCAAGUGUCUGGGAGGAGUCCCCUACGCCUCCCUGGUGGCCACCAUCCUGUGCUUCUCUGGAGUCGCCUUGUUCUGCGGCUGUGGGCAUGUGGCACUGGCAGGCACCGUGGCAAUUCUGGAACAACACUUCUCCACCAACACCAGUGACCACGCCUUGCUGAGCGAAGUGAUACAGCUGAUGCAGUACGUCAUCUAUGGAAUUGCAUCCUUUUUCUUCCUGUAUGGUAUCAUUCUGCUGGCAGAGGGCUUCUACACCACGAGCGCGGUGAAGGAACUGCACGGGGAGUUCAAAACCACUGCCUGUGGCCGGUGCAUCAGCGGAAUGUUCGUCUUCCUCACCUAUGUGCUUGGCGUGGCCUGGCUGGGUGUGUUUGGUUUCUCGGCAGUGCCUGUGUUCAUGUUCUACAACAUCUGGUCAACUUGUGAAGUCAUCAAGUCACCGCAGACCAACGGCACCGCGGGUGUGGAGCAGAUCUGCGUGGAUGUGCGGCAAUACGGUAUCAUUCCAUGGAAUGCUUUCCCAGGAAAAAUCUGUGGCUCUGCCCUGGAGAACAUCUGCAACACCAAUGAGUUCUACAUGUCCUACCACCUGUUCAUCGUGGCCUGCGCUGGAGCUGGUGCCACUGUCAUUGCCCUGAUCCACUUCCUCAUGAUACUGUCUUCUAACUGGGCUUACUUAAAGGAUGCGAGCAAAAUGCAGGCUUACCAGGAUAUCAAAGCAAAGGAAGAACAGGAACUGCAAGAUAUCCAGUCUCGGUCAAAAGAACAACUCAAUUCUUACACAUAAAUGUUUGCCAGAGUGUUUCAGCCGACGAAUUUACAGCUCUGACAAAUCAUCAGACAGCUGCUCUGCAGUACAGAUGUGUAUCCCACCAAACAAACUAAUGUAGAUGUAUCAACAUUUCACUGUCUGUCUCAAGCUGCUGGGAUGUAUCUCUAGGAAAAUCUUCCAGUGGGUAAAUCUUUUUUCUUUAGGACAAAUAUUGGAGGUUUCACGUUAGCCAUUUUAAAAGGCAACACUUUUGACAACAGAUUGUUCAUUUGUUUGAAAUCUGUGGCAUGUGCAUACUUAUUGCUAGAGUGAAUCUACCAAGGUAGGUGAUGGGACUAUGUCACACCCCUUGGUAGGGACCGGUGUUAUGCCAACAUCAAGGGAUGGGACCAUAAAUUCACAUAUGCCAUCCGUCCUCAAAUAAACAUUAUCAAUAUAGGAAAUAAAAUGGAAUUGGUAUGAAGUUCCAUUUCUGACAGCUGACAUUUAUCAACCUUUGAUGCAUCAAAGAUGUGAUUUUUACAACAGACUUUAAAAAACUUAACACCCCUCCAGUCUAAACCCAUUAAUUUCUUGAACCAAUAAGAAAUCUAUUUUUCUUGCUGAAUGCUAAAAUGAGCUACAACUACCCUGUUGAACUUACCAUUGAAGAAGCUGGGCUCUGACUCAUUAAGUUUGCCAGAAUCAAUUUUAUAAUAGCUUUCAUUUUAAUAAAAUGCUCAUCCAGUUACUAUCAUUCUUCUCUGGAAGUAAAUGUCAGCUCUGCCUUAAUGAGUAUUUGCUUUAAAUUUCUAAGAAUUUGUAUUAUAACAGAAACCCCCAAAUCCUCCACAGAAUUUUGUUCCAUAAGUAUUUUUAAGUAAGAAGUGUUACCUUAUUAAAAUGACCACCAUCCUAAAGCAUUUUUAAGUGGUCUGAAUAGUGAGUUUACAGUUUCAUACCAACUAUCUAAAACUUAGCAACAAACUGACCACAGACCUCUAACCUCCUACUUUUAUAGACUUGAAUACAUAAGUAAAUUAGGGCUAGUAUUUAUUUCAUUUUUUUUUCUUAUCUAAAAGUUAAGUUUCCUAGAAUAAUAAUUGAUGUUCAGCAAGAAAACUGCUUGAGUUUAAGCCAUUUUCAAACGAAACUUGCCUUCUAAAUCAUUGUGUUCCAGAACAUUAAGUGACUAUAGGUACUGGGUAUUAGUGACGGUAAACUUUGUGUUUUUCUUUUUGAAAUGAACCAUAUAAAUGUUGGGUGCAUCAGUGCUUUUCAAAGGGGCUGCAUACUAUAGGGUUAACUAUGUAUAUUCAUGUUAAGAGUUAACUUGUGGUUUGGCUGUUUCCUGGAUUUUAAAACAUAUACAUGUGCAGAAAUGUAUUCAAAUGAAAGGAAGCAUACCUUUAUCAAGAUACUAUUAAAAUUGAACAUCAAGUAUAAUAUUUCAUUUGGAUUCUUUUUUUUAGUUAUGCCUAAAAAAUGCCUAUUUGGUUUUAAUUUGGAAAAGCUCUCUUCUGUGUAGAACAAGUGUUCUAAAGUAGCAUAGUGUUUUGUUUUCCUGUUGCAUGACAAACUUAAAUAUUUUUUCCAGCAGUGGAGGUGCUGUUAGAGUCCAGUGUUCUAGAAGAGGCAGUGUCUAAAGCCUAAUUUUACUUUUCUAAUUCUGGUAGCUAUUACCAGGAACUUUUGAAAGUUUUGUUGACGUAGUCUAAUAUUUUUUAUGUAAAGAGCAUUAAAUUUUGCUAUGUAUAAAUUUUUGUAACCUAACAGUGAAUCAAUAUUUUCUAUCAGUGCCAAGGGCUUCCUGUAGUUCUAUUCAAGUGUUACAAUAAAUAUUUGUAGAUAAUAGUCAAUACUUGUGUAUGCUUAUUUUAAAGAUUUAGGUGGAAAUAGUUGUGGAUGUAUUAACAGUAAUCAAAUAAAGUUAUAGCUUCAUUCGUUUGCCUUUUUACCAUA